UCAGCGUCCCCUCCAGCCCCACCUGUCCCUGCUGGGUCUCCCCGGCUCUAGGUCCCACUGGCUGAGCCUCACUUUCCCUCAUCUGGAGAAUGGGCACCAGCCAGCUCAGGUCCCCGGGAGUGUCAGAGCUGGCCCUGAAUCAGGCCCUGCCCCACUGGGGUCACCGGUGACUCAGACGCCAUCGUCCCUGCCCCGGGCGGUUCUGAAUUCAGCCGGCGGCCCAGACAGGGAAAGAAGCAGGGGAGAGAGGGCGCUCAGAACCGGGAUGGGGGACACCCCAGGCAGAGGAGGAGCCCAGAGGCGGCGUCCGCACAAUCCUGGACGGUCUGAGAAGUAUGAGCUGAGGCCAGAAGGGCCCACCGGCAUGGGCAGCCUCGCCUACCGAGAAGACCUUGAGGAGGAAGAGAAGAACUCAGGGUUCACCUGGGAGGUGAAGGCCAACAGCCGGGCCUACAACAACCAGUUCAAGGAGAAGGGCUUCCUGUGCUGGCAGAGGCGCAAGUACAAGACCAAUGUCAUCCACACGGCCAAGUACAAUGUCUUCUCCUUCGUGCCCUUGAACCUGUACGAGCAGUUUCGCCAAGUGUCCAACCUCUACUUCCUUCUUAUCAUCGUCCUCCAGAGCAUCCCCGAGAUCUCCACGCUGCCCUGGUUUACGCUCUUUGUCCCGCUUGUGUGCCUCCUGGUCAUCCGGGCCACCCGAGAACUGGUGGACGACAUCGGGCGACACAGGAGCGAUAGGAUCAUCAACAACAGGCCCUGCCAGAUCCUGGUGGGGAGGAGCUUCCAGUGGAGGAAAUGGAAGCAUCUGUGCGUGGGGGACGUGGUCUGUCUGCGGAGAGACAGCAUCGUCCCGGCCGACCUGCUCUUGCUGGCCAGCACGGAGCCCAGCAGCCUGUGCUACGUGGAGACGGCCGACAUCGACGGGGAAACCAACUUGAAGUUCAGGCAGGCGCCGAUGAUCACCCACCGUGAGCUGACCAGUGUAAGGAACAUGGCGUCCUUCCAAGGCAAGGUGGUGUGUGAGGAACCCAACAGCCGGAUGCACCACUUCGUGGGGUGCCUGGAAUGGACCGGCAAGAAAUAUCCCCUGGACAGCGGCAACAUCCUCCUGCGUGGCUGCAAGAUCCGAAACACAGACACCUGCUACGGACUGGUCAUCUAUGCCGGUUUUGACACAAAGAUCAUGAAGAACUGUGGCACGACCCAUCUGAAGAGAACCAAGAUAGACCACAUGAUGAACAGGCUGGUGGUCCUGAUCUUCCUGUCCCUGAUAGUGAUCUCGGCGGGGUUGACCUUAGGCUUCUGGUACAAGGCAAAGGAGUUGAAGGGCAAGCACCACUACCUGCCCACCAACGAUAUGCCCAGCGUGGCGGCCGAGUCCUUCCUCAUCUUCUGGGGCUUCCUCAUCCUGCUCAGCGUCAUAGUGCCCAUGGCCAUGUUCAUCAUAGCCGAGUUCAUCUACCUGGGGAACAGCAUCUUCAUCAACUGGGACGUGCAGAUGUACUACGAGCCGCACGACACGCCAGCCAAGGCCCGCAGCACCAGCCUCAACGACCAGCUGGGCCAGGUGGAGUACAUCUUCUCCGACAAGACGGGCACGCUCACCCAGAACAUCAUGACCUUCAAGAAAUGCUGCAUCAACGGCGUCAUCUACGGCCCCGAUGAGGAGAGGAAGACCCCACAUAAGGAGAACCCCUACCUCUGGAACACGUUUGCCAACGGGAAGUCGUUCUUCCACAAUGCGGGGCUCCUGCAGGCCGUGCGCGGCAACCAGGACGCGAUGGUGCGGGAGUUCUGGCGCCUGCUGGCUGUCUGCCACACGGUCAUGGUGCAAGACAAGAACAGUGAGCGGCCAGACCAGCUUGUGUACCAGGCGGCGUCCCCCGACGAGGAGGCGCUGGUCACGGCGGCCCGGAACUUCGGCUACGUGUUCCUGGCGCGCACGCAGGACAGCAUCACGGUGUUGGAGCUGGGCGAGGAGCGGAAGUACCAGGUCCUGGCCAUGAUGGACUUCAACAGCGUCCGCAAGCGGAUGUCGGUGCUGGUCCGGAACCCCGAGGGCUCCAUCUACCUCUACACCAAAGGCGCCGACACGGUCAUCUUUGAGCGCUUGCACGUGACAGGCGAAGUGGAGUGGACCACGGAGGAAGCCUUGGCCUCCUUUGCUGAGCAGACCUUGCGGACGCUGUGCCUGGCCUACAAGGAGGUGGACGAGGACGCGUACCAGGAGUGGCGCCAGCGCCACCAGGAGGCCAGCAUCCUGCUGCAGAACCGGGCCCACGCCCUGCACCAGGUGUACGAGGAGAUGGAGCAGAACCUCCAGCUGCUGGGAGCCACAGCCAUCGAGGACAGACUCCAGGAUGGCGUCCCCGAGACCAUCCAGUGUCUGAAGCAGGGAAACAUCAAAGUGUGGGUACUCACAGGGGACAAGCAAGAGACGGCGGUGAACAUCGGCUUUGCCUGCCGGCUGCUCUCAGAGGACAUGCUCAUUCUGGAGGAGAAGGAGAUAAUUCGGAUCCUGGAGGCCUACUGGGAGAGCAACAACAACCUGCUGGGAGGCGAGCAGUGUCUGAAGAACGCGUUCCUGCCACAGGUCAAGAUGGCCAUGGUCAUUAACGGCGAGUUCCUGGACCAGCUGCUGCUGUCGCUGCGCAAGGAGCCCCGGGCGCUGGUCCACAGCGUGAACACGGACGUGGAGGAGCCCUGGCAGGAGCCCGGCGAGCAGAGGACCGACUUCCUGCAGGCCCGGCGGCUGUCGCUGAUGUGGCGGACCCUCGGGAUGCCGCUGAGGAGCACGGGGCUGGCGCCGCAGGCCAAGACCGCGCGCGCCCGCGAGAGCCCCGAGGUGCGGCGGGAGCGCGCCUUCGUGGACCUGGCCUCGCGGUGCCAGGCGGUCAUCUGCUGCCGGGCGACGCCCAAGCAGAAGGCCUUGAUCGUGGCGCUGGUCAAGAAAUACCAGCACGUGGUGACCCUGGCCAUCGGGGACGGCGCCAACGACGUCAACAUGAUCAAGACCGCGGACAUCGGCGUGGGGCUGGCCGGUAAGGAGGGCAUGCAGGCGGUGCAGAACAGCGACUUCGUGCUGGCCCAGUUCUGCUUCCUGCAGCGGCUGCUGCUGGUGCACGGACGCUGGUCCUACCUGCGUGUCUGCAAGUUCCUGCGCUACUUCAUCUACAAGACGCUGGCCAGCAUGAUGGUCCAGGUCUGGUUCGCCUUCUACAGCGGCUUCAGCGCCCAGCCUCUAUAUGAAGGCUGGUUCCUGGCGCUCUUCAAUCUGCUCUACACCACCCUCCCGGUUCUCUACAUUGGCCUUUUCGAGCAGGACGUGAGCGCCGAGCGGAGUCUGGAGUUGCCGGAGCUGUACAUCGCGGGCCAGAAGGACGAGUUCUUCAACUAUGGAGUCAUUCUCCAAGCCAUCGCCCACGGCAUGGCCACCUCCCUAGUCAACUUCUUCAUGACCCUGUGGAUCUGCCAAGACUCAGGCGGGCCUGUCAUCUCCGGCGACUAUCAGUCGUUCGCUGUGGUUGUGGCCCUGUCGAGCCUGCUGUCCAUCACUGUGGAGGUCAUCCUCAUCAUCAAAUACUGGACGGUCCUGUUCGUGCUGGCCAUUGUCCUCAGCUUCUGUUUCUACGUGGUCAUGACUGCACUCACCCAGAACUUCUGGUCCUUUCAAAUGUCCCCCAAGACCUUCUCGUUUCUGUACGCUGACCGCAACGUGCUGUCCCAGCCCCCCAUCCUGCUGGUGAUCCUGCUGAACGUGUCGUUGAACACGCUGCCUGUGCUGGCCUUCCGUCUCAUUCACCGAGCCCUCAAGAAGCCACGCCCCAAGGAGGAGGUGGAGGCCCCAAGUGAGGAGAUCAUCACCGUGGAACCGAUGCCCUACCUACGCCGGGAGUCACGCACCCGGCGCUCUAGCUAUGCCUUCUCCCACCGCGAGGGCUACGCGGACCUAAUCACGCAGGGCACAAGUCUGCGGAAGACACCAGGGGUCAACAGUGACAUGCUGGCUGAUCAAAAGAUCCCAUCCGAUGAAGAACUCUCCUUGAGCAUCAAGGAGUCACCCUGGUUCUCCAGGAAGAUGUCAUUCCUGGGGAGGAAGAGGCGCCAGCACCGGGGGAAGGUGUCCUCCGAGGACACGCAGCCCGCCACCACGAUGAGCUCCUCCUUCACUGCGGAUGUGCAAUCCUCUUCUUAUCUGGAUAACCAAGUGUCUCUCACCAGAAAUGUGGCUCCCAGCACUAACUGGAAACCCAGAUCUUUCCAGGAGAAUUUGCCCAUAAAGCAGGAAAGGUCACUCUCGUAUGGGCAGUGGCCAUAUUCUCAUCCCAAGAGUCUGACACUGACCAGGAAGAGGCCACUCUCUCUUCAGGAGAUGCCACCAUCACCCAGAGAAAGCCAGCUGUCACUUUCUGAGAGUCAGCCAACGCCUUUGGGCCAGCUGUCUUUGGAGAGCCAGCCAGCACCCCUGGAAGAGAAGAAGGCCUUUUGGAGUGUCUCACGGUCAUCCUGGAAGAUCUGGCCUUUCUGGCAAAAGGAGCUCAAGUCCCCCAAGGAGGGGACAGCGCCACUUCCCAAUGAGACCCAUCCUACCCUGGUGGAAACUACGCCACCCUCUACGGGAGAAUCAUCCACAGAUGAGCAGCCCAUGGAGGUGGCGCCCUUGCCCUUGGAGGGGCAGCUGGUGCCCAGUGAGAGCCAAGUUCCACCUGACCUCGGGGGGCAGCUGCCCUUGCCUCACAAGGAGCAGUGACUGCCCAGGCUUAGUCAUCAUCAACCAGUGAGCAUGAGACCUGCCCCCAAAGACAAGGGCUCCAUGUCCUUUUCUUUCUCUAAUAAACCGGGGUUCCUCUGACCCAGAGCACUCAGAGGCUCACUCAUUUCCUGUACUUCCUUUUCCGGUGCCUCACGGAACUGUCUUUCCUGGUUUUAAAAAUCAAAGCACUGACCUCUAGUGGCCCGGUGGGGGAU